AUGAAGUCCGAGCACGUGAGCGGAUUCUUGGCGACGGCUACAGCAACGGCUGCUAUCGCUUCUAUCGCUUUACUGCAGAAAAAACGCGCAUCGGUCUAUGAUCAUAUGAAACCAAAGCAAAGGGGUCGUCAACGUCGUCAAAGUGCUCCCGUUAAUGGCCACAAACACUUGAUAAUGACGCCGAAGAGCCGGAUACUGGACGAUCCAUCCGAGGGCUAUGAGCUAUUUCCUAUUGACUUUUCUAUGCACGUUCAGAUUCGACAGAAUGCUGUUUACAAGUUUCUUGAGACACAUCCAGAGGCCAAGAAUCAUGCGUCGGUUAUGUUACUUCAUGGAGGCGUUGAAGUAGACCGUUAUGACACGGACAUUCAGUAUAAUUUCCAUCAGGAGAGUUUCUUUCAAUACCUCUUUGGAGUUCGUGAGUCUGGAUGUGCUGGACUUGUGGAUUUGACGACGCAUAAGGCUGUACUAUUUGUGCCACGACUGAGCGAUGAGUGGGAGCUCUGGUGUGGAGAUCGCAAACCGUUGGCUUACUUUAAAGCACACUAUAAGGUGGAUGACGUGUAUUUUAUGGAUGAGAUUGCGACUGUAAUGAGUGACAAGAUUCAGGCCAAGAAGCUAUACGUACUCCACGGUCAAAACACAGAUAGUGGGUUAGAGACAACGACGACGUCGACUUUUGAAGGGAUUGACAAGUUUGACGUGGACAAGGAGGCACUGCACCCAGUUCUAGUCGAGUGUCGAGUGAUUAAAACGGAAAAGGAGCUGGAACUGCUACGAUUUGUGAACAAGCUGUCGUCUCGCGCUCACAUUAAUGUGAUGAAGAAUAUUUGCUCGGGCAAGAUGGAGUUUCACGCCGAGAGUGAUUUCCUUCAUUAUGUAUAUAGCAAUGGAGGGGCUCGUUUUCAUGCUUACACAUGCAUCUGUGGCAGUGGUCAUAAUGCAUCGGCGUUACAUUAUGGUCACGCUGGAGCACCGAAUGACAAGCUGCUGGAGGACGGUGACUUGUUUCUGAACGACAUGGGUGGUGAGCUACAUGGAUACACUUCUGAUAUUACGUGCACGUGGCCUGUUAACGGCGUCUUUUCCGCUGACCAGCGCGUGGUCUACAAAGGUGUAUUGAAAUCGCAUGAUGCCGUGAUGGAUGCAAUUAAGCCGGGUGUAAGUUAUGUUGACUUGCACUUACUGUCGCACCGCGUGCUAACGCAGCACCUUCUUGAGCACGGCUUGUUCCAGAAUGGUACGACACCCACGACGUUGGGGGGUAUUCCUAUGGGCUACAUCCGCUCUACAAAGAAAAUUCUGGCCAAAUUGCGUUGUGUGCGUAACCUUGCGAAGAACAUGGUGCUGACUGUAGAGCCUGGCUGUUACUUCAUCGAGGCCCACAUCCAGGCAGUUCUCGCCAACCCCGUUACUGCCAAGUUCAUUAACCAGGAAAUGCUGUCUCGUUUCCGUGGCACUGGAGGUGUUCGAAUCGAGUCGGAUGUUAUCGUUACUGAGACUGGCGUGGAGUGCAUGAGCCAAGUACCGAGGACAGUUGAGGAGAUCGAAGCGACAAUGCAAAAGGUGUAA